GAUUUCAUAAUUCCAAAUUCGCCAACAAUACAGAGUGCGCCUCUUACUAUUACAAAACAAACAACUAACAACAAAAUACCUACGAAUAAUUCUCUGAAUAUUUCAAAGGAAAUGCUCCGCUUGAGUCUGUGUACUAUCCGCCCACUUCGGCAAAUCCGCACUACAGGUGCAGCACGACUAUGGAUAAGUCGUCGCUGUCCCUGUCCCCUGCUGGCCGAGAGACGAUACUCCACCAAGUACCAAUUUAAACAGCCACAGACAUUCUACUAUCCAAAUCGCAAGGCAGAAUCCGACCGAAAGAGUAGUGUGGGCAAUGAAGCCCAAGGUCAGAUCGAAGAUAGCGGAAAGCCAAGGGACUUUUACUACAAGGUCCUGGGCGUUGGCAAGCACGCUACCAGCAAGGAAAUACGCAAUGCGUACUUGAUGCUGGCCAAGCGCUAUCAUCCGGACAAAAUGCGCUCGGAGAGGUCCCUGAAACACUUUCAGGAGAUCUCCAAUGCAUAUCACAUUCUGACAGAUGAUAACAAGAGGUUGGAGUAUGACCAGCUGGGCGGUGUCACGGACGAGAAGGCGUUCCUCGAGCAGGCAACUGUCAAUCCGACGAUCCUGGGGCAGAAGCUAAACGAAGCUAAGAAACUUCAGGCGGAGACAAAUGCAAGCGAUGAAAUCAGUAAUCUGAUGCGUGCGAAAGGCAAGAACUGUGAGUCUGAGUUGAAGCUUAAUUUUGAGGAAGCCGCCAAUGGGUGCAAGAAGCGCAUGGACAUACGCUACCUGCGGAAGUGUGGCAAGUGCGGCGGCAAGUCGCAGCUGAUGACACACCGCGAUGUCGGCAGGGAGCCAUGCCGACGCUGCAAUGGCUCUGGCAAGGUCACCCAGCGCACGGUGACCUUUACGGCCGACAGGCCAUGUGAACAUUGUAAGGGGAAGGGAUACAUCAACCGGCGCGACUGCGAGCCGUGUGGCAACCGCGGCUUCAUGGUAUCCGGUGUCGAGGUGCUGGUUAAGGUGCCGCCUGGAUCCAAGGACGGCGAAGUAAUGACCAUCCAGAACCCAAAAACCAACGAACGUAUUAACUAUCGUCUGGUGGUCGAGCACAGCGACUACUUUCGCCGAGACGGCCUGGAUGUGCAUAGUGACAAGCUGCUCACAAUAUCGCAGGCCAUUUUGGGCGGCAGUUUCACUGUGCGCGGCCUGCACCAGCCCGUGGAUAUACGCGUAGCGCCGGGAACGCAGCCAAACAGCCUGAUAACACUCAAGAGCAAGGGCAUACGCUGCGAGCAUGGUGUGGGCAACCACGUAAUAACUUUGAAAGUUUUUAUACCUUCGAAACUUUCAGUGAAGCAGCGUCUGCUGAUCCUAGGACUGGCCAAGGCAGAAGAUCCCAUUUUCGAGCGGCAAACCCUCAAAACCAAAUAGGAGGAGCGUAGCACUUCCCACACUCUAAAUGUUGUUAAAUUGUCUGUUAAAUUAUUCUGUCAAUUAUUCUGCUAAAUAAUGUUUAUAUUUAGUAUGCAUUUCAAAAACCAAA